ACUUGACUCCGGUUCACUCUUUCUGAGGAGGAGACCAGAGGGAAAGCCAAAGCUCUCUUUGCUUGCUUGUCGUGUCUGAUCAGAGCAAAGAGGAAACUGAGGUUGUGCGAUGGCGAGCGUUUUCCUCUCUUCCAUCCUAUCAAAAACCAGCCAAGUUUUGGGCUCUGUUCAUAGAUGGGCAGCCUCGCCAUCUUCGUCAUCAGAUCCACGCAGCAGUGUCUUGGAAGAUCUGGAGGAGCUGGAGAGAACAUUGAAAAGGAUCCAGGCAGUGCUCCAUGACGCGGAGGAGAGGGAGAUACGAGAAGAAGCCGUCAAGCUCUGGCUGAAGGAGCUUAAAGAAGUGGCUUAUGAUGCGGAAGAUGUGCUGGACGAGUACCAGUACGAGGUACUGCGAGCCCAAGCGGAAGGCGGAGCUUCCCGCAAGAGGAAGCGAGUGGAAGCAGGGGACGAUGAGGAAGAGGUAAGUACUUCUCUUUCCACCAUAGUUGAUGUUUCAAUUCCCGAUGGCAUGGGGGAUAGAAUCAGGAAGAUCGGGAAGAGGUUCGAUGAGAUCUCGGAGGAUCGGAAACGCCUCCGUUUAAGAGAGGAAGAUGGAGAACGACGGGUCAGAGCUUUGAGCCCACCACCAAGCAGCCACAUGGUGGAUGAGUCGAGUAUUUAUGGAAGGGAACAUGACAAGCAGAAGGUAAUUGAUAUGCUGUUUUCUGAGGGUAUGGGAAAUGGUUUCUCUGUCAUUCCGAUUGUCGGCAAGGGAGGACUGGGAAAAACCACCAUCGCUCAGCUGGUCUACAAUGACUCCAAGGUCAAAGAAUAUUUUGAUCUGACUGGAUGGGUUUGUGUAUCCGAUGAUUUUGAUGUUCCGAGGCUAACAAAGGCCAUCAUCGAGUCUAUUACUGAAAAAUCAUGUGAUCUUAUAGAAAUCAGCCCACUUCAAAAUUCUCUCAAGAAAAUGGUGGAGGGGAGGAAACUAUUGCUCAUCUUAGACGAUGUCUGGAAUGAGAAACAAAGCCCUUGGGAGUGCUUAAGAAUCCCUUUUGUCGGAGCACAAACAGUAGUAAGAAUUAUCGUGACAUGUAGGAAUGAUUCUGUUGCCAAGAUCAUGCAGACAGUACUUCCUUACCAUCCUGGCUACUUGUCUGAAGACGAGUCUUGGUCAUUAUUCAAGCAUUAUGCAUUUGGUGGUCGAGACCCUGAAGAACGACCACACUUGGCGGAUGUUGGUAAGCAGAUUGUCGAGAAGUGUUCUGGUUUACCAUUGGCUCUGAAGACGAUAGGAAGCCUUCUAAGACACGAGAUGGAUGAAGACAGUUGGAUGGAGGUCUUACAAAGUGAUCUAUGGGAACUAGACAAGAACAAUGAGACUUUGGCAUCUCUUAGAUUAAGCUACAAUCGCAUGCCAGCACAUCUGAAACCCUGUUUCAUUUACUGUUCCAUGUUUCCAAAGGAUUAUGAGUUCGACAAAGAUGUUUUAGUCAGAUUGUGGAUGGCGCAAGGUUACAUCCCACCUCGAGGUGGAAAAACAACGGAGGACAUCGGAGAUGAAUGUUUUAAUGACUUACUAACAAGAUCAUUCUUUGAUUCCUUUGUUGAUGACCUACCUGGUACUACAUUUAAGAUGCAUGAUAUGAUACAUGAUCUAGCAAAAUCUAUUGCUGGAAAUGAGUGCUAUGCAAUUGUGGAUAAGCAGCUACCCGGUUUUCCUGAUAAGGUUCGCCAUUUGUCCGUGGAAGGUGUCGGGGCAUUAGUGAAAUCACCGAGCCCCCACAAUCUUAGGGCCCUACGGACCUUGCUACGAAGAAAACACUUGCUACGAAGAAAACACUUCGGUCCACCUUCAAUAGUAAUCCAAGGUCCACCUUCAAUAGUAAUCCAAGAAAUAACCCAGUUUUCGCUGCUAAGAUGUUUAGAAUUUUGGUGGGAAAAUGUUGAGAUCCCAGAUUUAAAUCUCGGCAAUCUGAAGCACCUACGCUACUUACGUAUCAUAGCCCACCAUAUUAAGAAGCUUCCUGAAUCAGUAUGCCUCCUUUACCACCUACAGACAUUGAUUCUUGACUGUGGUGCUCUUGCAAAGUUACCAGAUGGCCUAGGUAACCUUAUUAACCUACGAUGCUUGAAUCUGUUUUCACAAUGUAUUAAAAGGCUUCCUGAAUCAGUUCGUCAGCUGCACAACCUGCAGAGGUUGGGUCUUAUCUGGUGCGAAGAACUUGAAGAGUUACCCAGUGGCAUAGGAAGCCUUACUAACCUCCGCCACCUAGAUACUAGGGACACUCCAAUUCUCCGUGUGCCUGAUGAAAUGGAAAAGCUCCGCCACCUAGAUACUAUGGGCACUCCAUUUCUCUGUCUGCCUGCUGGAAUUGAAAAGCUAACAAAUCUUCAGAGAUUGCGUGGAAGUUAUAAAGUGCAGGGUGGGAUAGGAGUGUUAGAGUACUUGGUGAACCUCCACGGAGAUCUUUGCAUCGCAGGGCUCGGGAAUUUGGUCGGCAUAGAGGAUGCGAAGGAUUUGGGCCUUGAAUGUAAGCAUAAACUUGAGCGGUUGCAUCUAUCUUGGGAUGCUGGCCGCACAGAUGUUUGGAUUUAUGAUGGACUGAAUCUAGAAGUUUUUCUAGAGGAAAAUAAGGAUGUUCCAGCCGAUGAAAAAAGGGAGGAAGCGCUGCUUGAGUGUCUCCAACCUCCCACCAACCUCAAAGAGUUGCUCUUAGCAGCGUAUGGUGGCUCCAAGUUUCCAGAAUGGGUGGGAAAUCCUUUAUCCUUUGCAUCACUUCGAAAAAUCCGUAUAAUUGAUUGUAAAAAAAUAAUGUCCCUUCCUCUAUACAUUCAUGACUCUCCUGGAAAAUUGGAUGCAUCCAUAUCAAAAUCCAUGCUUCAGAUGGUGUGCAUUUCUGGUUGCCAGCAGCUCAAAUCCAUCGCAGGCCUGCAUAAUCUCCACUCACUUGUGGAACUGACCAUAAAAGAUUGUCCUCUACUCCAGCUCUUAUCAGAGGAAGGACUGCCAUCCAAGCUUCAAAAUCUGCAUAUUGAGGGGUGCCAACAGUUGACAUCAUUGCCGGGGAUGCAAAACCUUACUUCUCUUAGAGAAUUAACCAUAAAAGAUUGUCCUCUACUCCAGCUCUUAUCAGAGGAAGGACUGCCAUCCAAGCUUCAAAAUCUGCAUAUUGAGGGGUGCCAACAGUUGACAUCAUUGCCGGGGAUGCAAAACCUUACUUCUCUCAGACGAUUAGCUAUAAAAGCUUGUCCUGAACUUCAGAUCAUGGUAGAAGAUCAGCUCCCGUCCAUGCCUCGCUAUGUGCAUAUUAGUGAUUGCCCUGGAUUGGUCAACUGGUGUGAAAUACAAAAAAUCAACUGCAUUCAGAUUUCAUCGGGCAACAAGCUGACUAUAUCGAACACGUGGGAGAAGAUAAUGCAUGGGUUUGAUGAUUUGACAUCCAUUAAGCAUCUUCAUUUCACCAAUUCUUGGCGUUUUUUUGCGAAAACAUACAUCAUAAGCAAAGUUGAAGAGCUGACAAUAUGGGGUUGCACGCACAUCCCACCUAUACACUGCCUGCCCGACCUCACAUAUCUCCGAAGCUUGGUUAUAAAGGACUGUCCUGGAAUCCAAGUCGUGACAGAUGAACUGCUUCCACGCACGCUCAAUUCCUUGGUAGUUGAUAGCUGCGAGGACCUAAGGUGUUUGCAGUUGGCGCAGCAGAACCGAGAUGCACUUAAGGAGCUGCAGAUUGUGAACUGCCCCAAGCUCAUUG